AUGCAUUGGAAAGGCCUCAGACUGGUGGCUGAUGGUAGCUCCAAGCGACAGAGCACCAUCGAAGACCAGUCCCGUCGCAGUGAACACCUACCCCGUCCGCUCCCUCCAGCCACCGAACCCAGAUUAUCGGAGUCUAUCCCUCGAUCUCCCGCCAUCAAUACACCAGGCCCGCCUUCGCGGGGUCGUCAGGCACCAGAGGGGGAGGGGUUACCUCAUUCGAACUUCGCUGGUCCCUCCUCGGGGGACACUUCGAGCUUGCGCCGCAAUCGAUUCAGCUUCAUGAGACUCCGCCAUGCCUCCGAUCCCCAACUCUCCAAGACUUAUACCAAGGCGGGCCAAGAUGCUCCGCCAGUGCCUUCCCUACCGCCUCCCACGAUCAUUACUACCGCACCGACAAGCCACGAGCUCGACCAGCCUGUGAAACAACGAUCCAAGCUCAACUUCCUUCCAUCGUCCCGCAAACAAUCUAUGGAAGAGUUGCCCCGGUCUUCGACGGAACUACCUAGUGGCAAGUCUCGUCGGAGGGGUCAGGGAUCCGCCGACUCUCAGGCUGCCGACUCCGCUCUCGCAACGGCCCAGAGUAUCCCGGAAGAGCCCGGGCGGCUGUCAACAACGUCUCGGGGGAACCGGGAUCAUCACAGCGACUCACAGCGCUCGUCAGUGAUCGAUCCUCGCUUCUCCGAGUCCUCUCGGUCAGAUCAGAGCUAUGGAGACCAAACAGUGACGCGAACCAAUUCCCCGCGCGAUGCACCGGGUGCAACAGCAACAAAGCGAUUCCGUAUGCCACGUUUGAAACGAACUCGAAGCCCUCUAUUCCCUCUUCCUCCAAAAAUCCCGCAAUCGACUCAAGUGACGGAUGAUGGACCAAGAUUCCCUCCGGUAGAUACACCAAAGUCCGAGCAUUCGGAUAAUCAGGAUCAAAUAUCACCUCUACCGUCACCAUCUCGAUCCACGGUACAGCUGGCUCCUGCCUCGAGCGUACCGCCCUUGUUCCGAAAUGAUUCGACCAAUUCAGCCCGCUCCGUCCGAUCAAAUUCAUCCUUCAAGAACCGAGGACGGUCGUCUACCAUGGGAUCGCUGGCCGAGAACCAGGAUGACUUGACUCCAUCAACCUAUCUGGCAUCUUCGGGGCGCACCUCAACGUCGACAAGUGGCCGCAAAAGCUUUGGGGAUAUGUUCAAUAUCACACAGCGAUUGAGACAGAAUUCAUCACCUCCAGCACCCCGAGGCUCUCCUGGUGGCUCAUCUACGCCUGUAUCGAAACCAGAAUCAUUUCCGGUCCCCAAGCGAGAAGAGACAGAUACCGCAGCGACAUAUCUUAGUCGACUGGAAAUGUGUCUUCCGCGCGGCAUGAUUGCCGGCGUUCUUGCUCAAUCGGAUGAGGAGUUCUACAAAGUCAGCCUGCGGAAGUACAUGAGAGGCUUCUCGUAUUUUGGUGAUCCCAUUGACAUGGCAAUUCGAAAACUUUUAAUGGAAGUUGAGCUUCCUAAAGAGACUCAGCAGAUUGAUCGAUUUCUGCAGGCAUUUGCUGACCGCUAUCACGAAUGCAAUCCUGGUAUUUUCGUGUCUCCUGAUAAAGCAUACUUUAUUGCAUUUUCUAUCCUAAUUCUACACACCGAUGUGUUCAACAAAAACAACAAACGCAAGAUGCAGAAGCCCGACUACGUCAAGAAUUGUCGUGGCGAAGGAAUCGCCGAAGACAUCUUGGAGUGUUUCUAUGAGAAUAUUUCUUAUACUCCAUUCAUUCAUGUUGAAGACGCCAAUCUUCGUGAUCGCCACCUUGCGAAGCCUCGCCGUGCUUUGUUCAAAACCACCAGUUCUGAAAACCUCGGCCGGAUCAGCCGAGAGCCUGUCGAUCCUUAUACCCUCAUCUUGGAUGGGAAACUCGAAACACUUAGGCCGAGUUUGAAGGAUGUUAUGGAUCUUGAUGAUACAUACGAUCAUUUCGGUACCGCUGGCCCACCAGAUAUGGACAACCUUCACCAGGCUUUUACCAAGUCUGGUAUCUUGCAGAUUAUCUCUCUACGAUCUCGACCCGAUGCGUUCAUGCCAUCUAGUUUGGACAAUCCCCUGGACUCCAACCCCGGCUUGGUUGAUAUCAAGGUCGCUAAAGUUGGAAUCCUCUGGAGGAAGGACCCCAAAAAGAAGCGGGCAAGAUCGCCAUGGCAAGAAUGGGGCGCGAUUCUCACCUUCUCACAACUUUACUUCUUUAGAAAUGUCCAGUGGGUUCGUUCCCUCAUGGCACAACACGAGGCUUAUGUGAAGAAUGGACGCCGCGGAACCCUCGUGUUCAGACCGCCUCUUUCUGACUUCAAGCCCGAUGGCAUCAUGUCGACUAAUGAUGCUGUGGCCCUUUUGGAUUCGAGCUACAAAAAGCAUAAACAUGCAUUCAUGUUCGUUCGGCACAACGCGUUGGAAGAGACAUUCCUUGCCCAGAGUGAGCCUGAAAUGAAUGAUUGGCUUGCGCACCUCAAUUAUGCCGCAGCGUUCAGGACAACCGGCGUGCGCACGAAGGGAAUGAUUGCCACCAAUUACGAGGGCCAGCGCUAUCGCAGAAGCCAACGGUUGGAUUCUGUGUCCUCAGAACUAUCCCAGACGGGCGAUCUGGAGCCUGAUUCUCCUAGCAUUGAUACCGAUAUCGUUGCUGGGUUCAUUGCGGCACGACGAGAGUUGAUGAGCCUCAAGAUUCGUGAAGCAAAUGAAAAGUUGUUCGUCUCACAAAAGCAGCUGGAAGAUCUUUUGCAAAAUGCACGGCAUCUGCAAAUUCUCACUCCGGUUCACGCUCGGGCAAGAGAAGGUGUCAUCAUGGCUGCAGGCCGGCUGUCCGCCAAACUGAAAUGGGUGCGACAAGACAUCUGGCGAAACAAGUGCUACCGCCAAGUCCUUCUCAGAGAUCUAGGAGAAGACGAAGAGGCAGCGAGUAUAGUGGGAUCAUCCAUUGCCGAGACAUCGCAGUCUGAUGCAGCACGCAUGGCGUCCCUUUCCGGGCCAUCUGUAAAGUCUGAGCCGAGUGUGGAGAGAGCUGGCAGCAUUCUGCAUACCGCAUCGAGUCGUGACCCAUCCGAGCAUCCUGUCAUUCCUACGGACCAGACACCGGACACAGGACUGCUCAUCAAACCCUCCAAUGAAGAAUUGCGUCGUCCAAGUAUUCCUGGAUCGACUACUUCAGGCGAUGUUGCUCGCAUUGGUCGUCGUCGCUCUAUCAUUACUCUUCCCGAACGCGCCAAGUCAUACUCUCCCGAUCCUACUACCAUUCAGCUUGAGCGGGAGGCUUCUGUUCUUAGUCGUGGAAGCAAGUGGGAUGGUGCUAGUCUCGCGUCGCGAGCUUCCAAACUCACUGCUCCUGUCAGCUUUGACGAUACCGAAGAGCGCCUCCUCAGGGAAGCUGGUUUAUUGGACGUGAGUGGUUCACCGAAUACACGCAAGGAGGAUGAUGCUGUGGCGCCCACUGCAACCCCCGAGAAACCAGCCGAGGGUUCUACGGAUACAACUCCAGGCGACAGAUCGAGCCGUGUCCGUCGUAGCCUUCACCGCACGUUACGUGACUCUCAUGCCCACAGACACCACUCCCAUUCAAAGAAGAACCGGGGCUCAGUGUCCAGCAUUGGCCAGGAGGAUGAAAGCCAAACCUCUGGUGACGGCGAAGUUCUCUCUCGCAAGGCCCCAAGCUUCACUGUCCACGGAAAGAAGGCAUCCAUUGUCACAUUCGGGUCCGAAUGGCAAAACAUACCGCCUGAAGAGCGUCUCAAGCUGCGAAAGCCUACUCCUCAUGAGGAGCCUAGAACGUCGGAACCCAUCCUUGGCAGCGGCGAGUCGCUGAUAUCGGAGCGCAGCCCAGAACGCCCACACUCCCUGCGUAGCAUGAGCACCACCACCGGUCUCAGUUUGCAAACCAAUGAUGAGAACGAUUUCAAAGACGCACGCGAAGAGCAACCCGAAGAAGAUAUCGGGCGCCCAGCUUCUCAAGUGAUAACCUCUUUCUCAAUUCCCGACACAGAGUCCGACAGUAGCCCCGUGUCACCCACAACCAUUCCCAACAAGGGCUACCUUUCCGCGCCACAACCGGGCAGCUCCCAUUCCCAAUCUUCAACCUCACUGAACGAGCGAAUCAUGGACACUCCUUCGUCAGAGAACCUACGUGAACAAACCGUAGGCGCUUAA